AUGGGCUAUCAUUUCUCACCCACAGCGUUUGUACAGACUAAUUUGACCCGAUCUCCACUCCUGCCGCAUCUCAGGCGAAUGGAGUCUUCUCAAACCCCUUUGCCGCCAGAGAAUGCUAGGCCUUCUUCCACUCCCAUAAUUUAUAUGCCUCUUGGCGAUGUGAAUGCAGAAAACGAAGACUUAGAUGAGCCAGUUGACCCCAUAUUCGUAUCAUUGCUUGAUGAGGAGGACAUGGAUGCUGCCGAAUGCUCAUCUGGAGACAGAUCUUUGGCUGAUCCGGCAGGUGCAGUCGAUUUUUAUUCAGUUCUUGGUGUUCCAAGAGAUGCUGGCCUCGCUGAGAUUCGCACCUCUUACAAACGGCUGUCUAGGUUACUGCAUCCUGAUAGACAUUGUGCCAUUGGCGCUGCAUUCGAUAGUUCCAUGCCAGACCUAGAAUUGCGACAUCUCCGUAAAAGUGCCCAGGAGGCAUUCGGUCGAAUCUCCGCCGCUUAUGCCGUUCUCAUUGACCCAAAUAAGCGUGCUAUUUAUGAUAGAUUUGGAUUCAGGGGCCUUAAUAUUGAUGGUUGGGAAUUGGCAUUACGUGAAAAAUCUGCUGUUGAGUUGCAACUUGAAUACUUCAAGCUGCGAGCAAAAGAGAGAGAAGAGCGCCAACUUAGGUUUACUCAACCAACUUCAGAGUUCUCGCUCGGGGUCGAUAUGACAGACGUUUUUGACCGGUAUCUGAAGGAGGAACCCGCUGAACGUGAAAUUGCACCUUCUUUAUCCGUCUACGAGAUGGUGCUUAAGCAAUCAAUCUCGGCUGGGGCAACAUUACGUACAUCACUCAGCCUCGUCGGUGAAAUUGUUGCUCAGAAUGGGUUAGGUGUAGGAACCUGGCUGUUGCUUUGCCAGCGCCGUUUUCCAGCUCAAUCUUAUUUUGGCCCUGGCACUGCUGACGUGGAGGUGAGUAAUAAUUCACUUAUUAGUUUUGUCAGACAGGGAUUUCAGACGUAG